AUGCGGGCUUGGCGCCUCUUCUGCACUGCCACGGUCAUCUUGUUGCCCGAUCUUUCCUUACGAAGUAGUCGUACGAAUCAACGAAAAGCCCGCGGAACAGCUCCUCACCCAUCACGCGCUCAUCCGCGGUUCGCGGAGACGAGGAAAAGUUGGUUGGAUCCAUGA